AAGAUCACACUUUCCACCAUUCCCAUCCUACUUGUCUAAAAUGGACCAAGAAACUGCAAACGCCUUAUUUGAUAAAGGGGCGGUCCUCCUUUUUCUGGACGCUCCGCAAAACAUGGAAUUUGGCGUAGACUGCUACUCCUGGACAACCGGUCCAAAGUUCAAGGGCCUAAAGCUCAUUCCGCCCGGAAUACAUUUUGUGUACUAUAGUGCGCUAAGUCGACAUGGGGAGGGCUCAGUGCGGACAGGCUUUUUUAAGACGUUUGCCGAGCGUGAGGUAGUUGUGAAGCGCUGGAACCCCUCGGCAGAGGAUCUUUACGCAGAUGAUGAAAUAGAUCAAGAAGAUGCGGAGCGAUACAGAUCAAACGUACGCGACUUUGAUCGAUUCCUUGGUGUUUACCCGCUCCUUCCCGUCGACAACGAUCCCGUCAGUCCAUAUCAAAAGUGGCUAAGACUCACGACUCAUAUCACCCCUCAACUCAUCGAUAGAAUUCUCCCACCGUCAAGGAAGAUUAGCGCAAUGACGACUGUGUCUCGAUUUUCAGAUGUGGAUGAUGUUCGACAAUGUAAACCAUCCGGGGAGGUGGUGAUGAACGAGGACCAAUCAGAGCAUGAUGCAAAUACCGUAGCCGCGCAGGGAGGGGAAGAUGUGAUUCGAGGCGAGCGCGUGGAAGUACUAAGACUGAACUUCACGCCCAUCGAUCUGAAGCGUUCCUUUCCAUCCGGUGCAUCUGGUGGCGAUGUUACAAAGUACAGUAUGGAUAAAAGUUACCUCCUUCGUCAACUGCUACAAAAUCAGUACAAAGAUUAUAAAGAACUUUUAGGAGAACUGCAGCUUGCAUUUAUCAUAUUCCUCCUCGGAGAGGUCUACGACGGUUAUGAACAGUGGAAAACUUUUAUCCAUCUGCUUUGUCAAUCUGACGAAGCGAUUGAUGACAAUGGCAGCACACUCUUUUAUGAAUUCAUAGGCAUCUUCCACGCCCAACUGGAAUCCCAUCCAACAGAUUUUUUCUACGACGCACUUUCAGCAGACAAUUUUAUCCGAUCCAAUAUCCUCAUAUUUGUACGAAUGCUUCAAGAUCGUGCAGGACGAGGUGUGCCAAAGACUUUACAGAGCGCUGUCGACACUUUGGUCGAUUUUGUCGAGUCGAGAUUCAAGUGGGACAUUCGGCAUGAUGUACGGGUGCUUGGGGAGGAGGAAGAAGAGGAAGGAGAAUUUGCUCCUGUUGUCGUUGAGAUGUAGCCAGAAUUCCUUAACAUUAGCAUUAACUUUGUACAUAGUUUGCAUGAGUGGAUAUCGUUAGCAUAAUGUGCAUAAUUGAAACUGAGGACCCAUUAUGAGUCUGCUGUGUUAGGUCUCGCAUAUAUGACACUG